AUUAUCAUAGACACGCAAAUACAAUAGACAUGUCCGACUACGAAGAUAACGCAUUCAACGAAGGUGCAGAACACUAUGACAAUUUUGAUCAAGAAGAUCAUUUCUCCGAUGAAGAAUUUCAAGAACCAGAACACAAUGGAGCUGAUACCGCCGAUGUUAAAGCUGCAGAUGGACGAACAAUAGUCAACGGUGGUUUAGGACCAGACGAUGCCACCAUGGCAUUACAACAGCAACAAACCAGACAGAAGACUGCCAAGGAGUUGUCUAUUCCUAAAGAAAAGAGAACCACCACUCCCUACAUGACCAAAUACGAACGAGCUAGAAUCUUGGGUACCCGGGCCCUUCAAAUAUCUCUUAAUGCCCCUGUGUUGGUUGACAUUGAAGGUGAGACCGAUCCUUUGCAAAUUGCCAUGAAGGAGUUGGCUCAAAGAAAAGUGCCUUUGGUUAUAAGAAGAUACUUGCCUGAUGGCUCUUACGAAGAUUGGGGAUGUGAUGAGUUGAUUGUGGAUCAAUAGAGGGUGUAUCCCGCUGCAUAGAGAGUAUUUUAUGUGUACGUGCAUAUUGUAUAGUUAGUUAGUUAGUCUAUAUAAGCAUCCAACCACUUGGUUGCUAAAAAAACCUGUUUACCAUUGA